CCAUCACGACCUUUGCUUCAUUCCUUACUAAUUUAUCUAACCUUUCUUCGCCGGUCAACCGUCGCUCAAAGGGGACAAAGCUCUUUUUUUCCCGCUGCUAGCUGCUUCCGACUCUACCUGACACCUGACGUCAAUUAGUUUCAGUGACAUGUCCACCAAGGAAGAGAUUCCCGCACUAAGUUUCAUACUUGAACCAGCUCUCGUCGCUUCAUUACUCACCAUUGGAUGUCUUCUCAAUCGUCGUUCACCCGCUGAUAUCCGUCUUUCUCAUGCGGUCCUUUCCCCUUCCCCGACUCCCUCGGUGGAUGGGAAACCUUCGACGAAAGAGAUGAAAUCCUUAUUCUGGACUCUCAGAGUACCGGAUAAUAGUCGGUUUAGAAUGAAUCUGGGUUCUAGAGUAUUGGGAAUGUUUCCUUUCUUAAUGGAGGUGUGGUACUGGUUACUCACCUAUUGGACAUACCAAAUCGCCAGGGCUAUGCAAGCGCUCACCAUGGGACCCAAGACGACAGAAUUGGCGGAGAAACAUUCAAAGUUGAUCCUUCAUGCGGAAAAGUUUUUGCAUAUUGCCGUCGAACGUGGCUUGCAACGAUGGGUGAUGAAACAUGAAAUUUUGUUGUUUUUCUUCAACAAAACUUACGCCAUGGUACACAUACCAGCCACGAUUGCCUUCAUGGCCUACGCAUAUCGCUUCUUCCCAGCCCCCAUUUUCCAAUCCACACGUCGCACUUUGGUCCUUUCCAACUGUAUCGCCUUUAUCAUUUUCUCCACCUGGCCUUGUAUGCCUCCUCGGCUACUUCCGAAAGAGUACGGGUACGUGGACACGCUUCAUGUAGGAAAAGCAGCCAGUAUUUGGACCACGAACAAAUUUCAGAAUCAGCUUGCGGCCUUCCCUUCGCUUCAUUUUGGGUAUUCAUUCGUCAUUGGGGUAUCGCUCUUCCUGUACACUCCUCAUAGGUUCAUGCGCUGGGUGGCUCCUCUCUACCCUAUACUUAUCCUGCUUGUCAUCAUGGCAACUGCCAAUCACUAUCUCCUCGACGCCGUCGGUGGCUUAUUCGUCACUAUCCUUGCAUACCGUGCCAACCGCCUUCUGCUCAAUCUUCGUCCAAUCGAAGAAUGGUGGUUCUGGGCGCUUCGAACCGAAAAGCCUAUGGAUAAAGCGGAUUUCGAAAAUGUGGUGAACAGGGAGAAAGUCGGUCAAUUGGCAGUUCCGAGGGAUAUGAGUCAAAGACCUCUUUUGGCUGGAAUUCCAGAGUAGAGCGAGCGUGUGACUUCAUAACGAUCAUCUGUCAUAUCUGUCGGGUACGAAAAUUCUGUCAGUGUGUAGAGUUGAUGGACAUGUGGCAUCAUGAUAGUCGUCUUCUCGCGCGAUCUGGCGCCUAGACUACGUGAGUUUUCCGUGCGGCCUUGGGGUUCGUCGAUUCACAAUUCCCGAUUCCCGAUUCCCGAUUCCCUCUAACUACGCACGUCCUGCUAUGUCUAUACAAUACUCAUACAGCAAGUGUCUGUGUGGAAUUAGAGGAUGCAGGAUCUUUUCGGUU